CAUCACACUAUCCAGCACCAAAAUCAUCUUCGUACCGGUACAUUGGCGCCAUUUACAGCAUCGAUCAGUCGUCAAAACACUAAUUUGUGGGGCACAAUGGAAGGAAGAAGCAGGGACGCCCAUGCUGAUCAGAUUAGUACUCCGAGAUAUCGAGGUAUUCGGCAAAGAAAAUGGGGGACAUGGGUGUCCGAAAUCCGGGAGCCUGGUCAGAAAACAAGAAUUUGGCUCGGAAGUUAUGAGAAGCCUGAAAUGGCUGCGGUCGCGUAUGAUGUGGCAGCAUUGCACCUUAGGGGACGUGGGGCACAGCUGAAUUUUCCUGAAAUGGAAGAUAGCCUCCCCCGGCCAGCCAGUUCUAGAGCGGAGGACGUGCAAGCGGCAGCACGGGAGGCAGCUUUGCUGUUUAGUGGACCAGUAAAAUGCUCGGAUAUUGUAAGCUGUGGCUCUAUUACUAGUGAUGGUGGUUUUGGUCCUGUUAGAGUGGGGUUGUCACCGAGCCAAAUUCAAGCUAUUAACGAAGCACCACUGGACUCGCCAAAAAUGUGGACGGAGUACUUGGCUGAGUCUCUUUUGACGGGAGAGCCGAUGGCUAUGGAGAACGAAAUUGGUGUCGGAUAUAGUGAAUGGGAGGAAAUUCAACAAGAAUCCAUUUGGGGUUACUACUAAAUACUUGAUUAAACAACAAGAAUCCUAUAUUAUAAGGGGUUCUUCACCUAAAUACCAGGCUAAUUCUUAAUUUCACUACCUACGCUAUUGCAGCAUCAUCCAUUUCUUUUUGGGCAGAGAGUCGAAGACAUUUUCGGAGGAUUGGAUGGCGAUAAUGCUUAUUACUACGCAUGGAACGAGUUGUAGUUUUUUAUCGGCUCAUUUUGAUGCGUAAAAGAUGUUAAAGAGAGCUUCGGUGUGCUUUAUUUCUGUUUUAAUUUUCACAAGAGUGCAGUGUUUUUGUUUCAGUGUAGAAGAUAUAAGAACUUCUGCGUCAAAUGAAGCUUCCUAACUCCAUUCGAGUGCUUAAUGGAUAAUUAUUCGAGCUAAUUCAACUUGAUUUCUUUUUUGUUUUUUUUUGGUGCUAGAAAAUCCAACUUGAAUAUUGUAAUCAAUACAUACAUCUUUCUGUAUGAAAAUUUGAUCACUGUACCGAUGCAGAUGGAUAGAGUUAUAAGAACAAAAGAGAGGAUGUAUGUAAUAUCGUGGUCGGAGGCUCAACUUUUUUCUGCAGAAAGCAGGAAGUGUCUCUCAUUU